AUGAGUAACAUUUGUAGGGAGGUCAUCACGCUUCAGCUGGGACAUUAUUCCAACUUUGUGGGCACCCAUUGGUGGAAUUUACAGGAUGCAUCUCUUUCAUACGACCCUGAUAUUCCACCUGGAGAACUCCAGAGUGACGUCUUGUUUCGUGAAGGCCAAACUCUUGGUGGGAACAUCACCUACACACCACGCCUCAUUGCCAUGGAUCUCAAAGGAAGCCUGCAGACUCUUCGGCAAGAGGGAAGUCUGUAUGAUACCGGCGAAGACACGUCUACGCUUACCUGGGAUGGAGGCCUGAUGAUCCAUGAAGAGAGUCCCCCUCCCAAAAACUCAUUUCUUGAAGAUCUGGAGAAGUUAGACUGUGGAGACAUCCUGACCGAGGCGGACUUUUCUUCCAGCUCCCGAACUCACCGCGACAGUAAGUACGCCAAAACGUACCCGCGAUGCAAUUUUGAUCCUUAAACAUUCGCCCGAAUCGCAGAUUCUUUAAGGGUAGACACCGUUAAUCAUCAGCUCGCUCGAGUCCAGAAAAAAUACAGACUAGAGGGCAGCGUCAAAGUCUGGUCAGACUUCUUGCGGAUCCACUUGCACCCGCGUACUAUCUCGGUGAUCCACCGGUACAACCAUGACGGAGAGGCAGAUCGACUGGAGGCUUUUGGCCAGGGAGAAGCACUUCUGCAGGGUUCAGUGCUGGAGGAGCUGGAUGAUAAACUGCAUUUUUUUGUGGAGGAGUGCGACUACUUUCAGGGCUUCCAAUUGCUUUGUGACCUUGCCGACGGCUUUGCGGGUCUGGGUUCAAAGGUCACCGAGAUGCUACAGGACGCAUACGGCGGUCGAGGUAUCCUCACAUAUGGGACAGUGCCCAUAAGUCACCCAAAUUCAACUCCAAUUAAGGACGUCUACCACCUGUUAAACUGCGCAUUAGGGAUGGUCCACAUGGCCAAUCACAGCUCCUUCUUCUGCCCACUGACGCUACGAAGCGGACUCGGGCUGCGAUCAACGUCUCCUAUCAGCUUCCCUUACCUCAACUACGACCCGUCACUUUGGUACCACUCCAGUUCCGUCCUGUCCUUGGCUCUGGACACUCUCACGGCGCCAUACAGACUGAGGAAUAACUGCGUCCCCAUGUGGCAGCUAGCCGACUCGCUAGCUAGCUCGGGUAGAAAGGUGGUGACUGCUUACGGUGCCGUCCCGUUUCCCAUACUGCCCGGCAACUCACUCCCCGAUACCCUUAGCGCUCAUGCUACCUCGUUGCCUUGGAAACCACUAUCAACUUGCGCCAUAGCGACCGACGGGCGAUGCUACGGACAGUGGGUGACGCUCAAAGGCUUGGAAGGACAAAAACUCACAAGUUCUGUUGCUCAAGAAACAGAAAUGCCAUCGCCUCUUUACAACCUUCACUCCGGAGAAGACGUGCUAGCAGCUUAUGUGACGUCAUUCUAUCCUACAGCUCCUUUGGCUGUGCAGUUGGUGUCCAGUCCCAGUAAAGUGACGCCACCGUUCCCUCAAAUAUUUAGUCCAUUCCUCGCUGAUCAAGCUCCAAUGACCCCACCAGUCAUCACGUCCCUCCAAUCCGGACCCGCUAUGGACCCGUGGCUGUCCGAGUUGCACCGUAGCGUUAGCGCGUUGGACAUCCGCCGCCUGGCGCCCAGUUUUCUUUCCCAGGGCCCCGAAAUGGCAGACUACAUCGAGGCUUUGGAGCAAUUGCGGCAGUUGGCUCGGAAGUACCGGGACGACAGCGGCGGGAUGACGAGAUCGUCUUCUGAAGAGGAUGACGAGGAUUGA